UUCUGUCGAAAGGGCAGCUGAUCAGUUCCGAGCGUUUAGUCGUAUCAAGUUGACGAUACGAAGUGGAUGCGAAGAUAUCAGGUCUCCGUUUAAUUCUCCCAGAAGACAGCCGCCCUGUCGAGUGACAAUGGACGCAACGAAGCUCGCGUUAAUUUUGCUGUCGACCAUCGUUACCCGAUUAAUCCCCGUGUACGGAUUCCCUGACGGCGCACCUGUGGACGUGUGCGUGAAGCCACGUCCCAACGAGCCCUAUCACGGACAAGCUCGUUCACAGCCCUUGGAGAGCAACCCUUACAGCGUCGUCGCAUCCUCCGGCCAAUACGGGCCGGGCACUCAAAUCACGGUGACGAUUUCGGGGACGGAUUUCAAGGGCUUCUUCCUGCAAGCUCGGGAUGCGAGCAACGACGAGUGGUUGGGCUCGUGGGCGCAGACCCCGAAUACCAAUACGCAUCCCGAGUGCAGUGCAGUUACCCAUGCGGAUCCCCGGGACAAGCAGCAAGCCACCCUUAUUUGGAACGCCCCGCAUGCCGGCAGGGGCAACGUGUAUUUCACUGGAACCGUUCUUAAGGAUUAUGCGACGUUCUGGUCCGGAGUAACAUCCAAAGUGGCAGCGUGAAAAAUGCUGGCGUGAUCUGUAAGAUCUAUUCUCUUCCUGGUGUACAGCUAUCUGCUGAAUUGUUAAACAGUUUUCUUUGGACCUUCAUUUCCGUCUAAUAUUCUCGAGAUAUUCUACGUUUUGUACUUCAAAGCCACAAGUCCUUGUUCGUCAUAUUCCAAGACCCAUACGCUGAUGGAGUUUGGAACCGCUUUGAAGAACGGGUCCUCGGAACAAGAUCCAGUUCUUUGAAGAAGAGGAAAUGAAGAAUCCCCUCCAUUUCGUCCUUUUCGUCCUCCAAGAUUUUCCUAGAGUCACGAGUGUCCUCUCGAAACUAAACCCGAGAAAUUGAGAAAUUGUGCGUGGUAACGGAGAAUUAUUAACUACUGACACAAUGUACGCAAGAUUUAGUGCAAAUAUGUCCUAUGUACUAUUAUUGUGAAAAUUAUUCAAUGUUUUUUUUACGUAUCCAGGUGUUAUAUUACUCUGUACUUCCAUUACCUCCAUUAUCCCCGUGCGAGUUGUACUUUUCAGUCUCAUACUCACCUUUCUAUUAUUUCUUAUCGACCUAUUAACUUUUGCGAAUU